AUAUCCGCUUUCGAGAGGAGUUCGGCUCGGUAUACCAUCGUAACUCUGCCCGGCAGCAAACGAGUGGAUUCCGUUUACCAUUUUAAGGCGAAUUACGGCGCUAGAUUCGACAUCAAAGUAUCCACUAACUUUCCAGGAUCGCAAACCACAGACAUUGUCACAUACAAAGUCCCGAAUUUCCUUCAACCCUAUAAAGUUCGAAUCACGUCAAAUCCAGACGGAGCAUUCCUGAUCUAUUGGUCGGAACCGUUCGUACCCUAUUAUAUCGACAGGGUCUAUUACGAGGUCUACAUAUAUCGAGGUACUAAUAUAUCAAGUAACUAUGAGAAAUACUACGUGACCCGGCCGGCUCUGGUUUAUAAAGGGAAUGAGUCCGAAUACACGUUCUGCGUGGGUCUUGUGUCAUACGAUCAACAAUAUAGGUCUUUGUUGACUGAUCCCAUUGUGGCCAACCUGAAUGGGGAUGUGCGGGAAAUUAGCAUAAACUAAUUAAUAUUUACUUAUAUCCUUUUAGAAAUAGCUUUAUUAUAAACACAGGAUGUGUCUUACGCAGCUAUUGCGUUUAAUUAAAUUUUAGCCAUUAACGCCGCACAAUUUAAUUUACAGUGGUUCAAUACACAGGAUCUUAAACGCCUUCAGUUGUGGAGAAGUGUAGGGAAGUAUGCAAGAUACACUCAUUACUCGGCUUCAAGGUUUACUCCUAAUUGUGUCUUCAAGGUUGUUGUUGGAUGAUGAUUUCAAAGUGGUGAAAUAUACAGGAAGUAAAGAAGCGAGCAGGCCGUGCUUGAAAGGGCGCUUCGUUGUGUCAAAAUAUUGAUUUAAGUGAAUUUACUUUGGUAUAAAUUGUAUGGUACAAAUUUAAAAUAUUAUGUGAGCACUCCAUAACUUUUUGAGAUGUUUGAAAUGUUUUUGAGGAAAUAAAUAUGAUUACACAUUUUUUUCUUAAA